AUGCCGGAGACAUUCGAUGUAGAGCAUGUUCUAGCAAACAUCAGCGACCAGGACAAGAUCGCUCUUUUAUCCGGGAUUGAUUUCUGGCAUACACAUCCUAUCCCCGAACUGAACGUCCCCUCGAUUCGCGCCACCGACGGUCCCAAUGGUAUCCGGGGCACGAAAUUCUUUGCCGGCAUCCCCGCCGCAUGUCUGCCCUGUGGCACAGCUCUGGGAGCUACCUGGGACCGAGAUCUGAUAUACAAGGCCGGGCAGCUGUUAGGCGAGGAAUGCAUUGCGAAAGGCGCGCAUUGUUGGCUAGGUCCAACAAUCAAUAUGCAACGAGCUCCUACCGGUGGGCGCGGAUUCGAAUCGUUCGCGGAAGAUCCGCAUCUCUCGGGCAUUCUGGCAAAGUCAAUCAUCCUCGGAUGCGAAAGCAAAGGGGUCAUUUCCACGGUGAAACAUUUCGUGGGCAAUGACCAGGAACAUGAACGCCGGGCGGUGGAUGUGCUUGUCACUCAGCGAGCCUUGCGCGAGAUCUAUUUACGACCCUUCCAGAUUGUGGCCAGAGAUGCGAAGCCCGGUGCGCUCAUGACCUCGUAUAAUAAGAUCAACGGGAAGCAUGUGGUGGAAGAUGCGCGCAUGCUCAAUCUGAUCCGUGAAGAGUGGAAGUGGAAUCCAUUGGUUAUGAGCGAUUGGUACGGGACCUAUACAACCAUCGACUCCAUGAAUGCGGGCCUGGACCUGGAAAUGCCGGGUGUGUCUAGAUAUCGGGGGAAAUACCUCGAGUCCGCCAUACAGGCUCGAUUGAUCAAGCAGUCAACGAUCGAUGCACGAGCGCGAAAGGUGUUGGAAUUCGUGAAGCAGGCGAGUCGUGCCCAGGUGUCAGAAGAGGAACGAGGACGGGAUUUCCCAGAGGAUAGAGCGUUGAAUCGCAAAAUCUGUGCGAACAGCAUCGUCCUCCUCAAGAACGAAGGCAUCUUGCCCCUUCCGAGGGAGAUUAAAAAGAUCGCCCUGAUCGGAUCGCACAUGAAGACUCCCGCCAUAUCGGGGGGUGGUAGUGCGUCACUUGAGCCAUAUUACUCGGUCUCAUUAUACGACGCCUGCAAAGAAGUACUUCCCAACGCAGAGGUGCUCUAUGAAGCGGGCGCAUACGCCCAUAGGAUGCUCCCCGUGAUCGACCGUCUCCUGGGCAAUGCUGUUAUUCAUUUCUACAACGAGCCGAUGGGCAAGGAACGAUAUCUGAUCAGCACUGAGCCUGUAUCGACGACGGCCUUCCAGUUCAUGGACUAUUAUGCUCCAGGCCUCAACCGAGGGCUCUUCUGGGCCACACUUAUUGGCGACUUCACUCCCGACGCAUCCGGGAUCUGGGACUUUGGCCUGAGUGUCUUUGGUACCGCCAAUCUCUACAUUGAUGAUGAGCUUGUGAUCGACAACACUACGAGCCAGACGCGCGGGACAGCCUUCUUCGGCAAAGGCACCGUUGAGGAACCGGGCUCGAAGGAAUUAGUCGCCGGGACUACAUACAAAAUUCGGAUCGAGUUCGGCUCUGCCAACACCACCACAAUGAAAACAGUGGGUAUGGUGAAUUUCGGUGGUGGCGCCGCAAGUCUUGGGGCCUGUCUACGAAUGGACCGGGAUGAAAUGAUCGAGAACGCCGUGAAAGCAGCCACGGAGGCCGACUAUACCAUUCUUUGCACUGGCCUCAAUAAGGACUGGGAAUCUGAAGGGUUCGAUCGUGAGCACAUGGAUCUGCCCCCGGGGGUUGACCGGUUGAUCUCGAAGGUGUUGAAGGCCGCCGCAGACAAGACCGUCAUCGUCAAUCAGUCUGGUACACCAGUUACUAUGCCGUGGGCCGAUCAGGCCCAAUGCAUUGUGCAGGCCUGGUACGGAGGUAAUGAGACAGGUCAUGGAAUUGUCGAUGUCCUGUUCGGAGAGGUCAAUCCAUGCGGAAAGCUGCCCUUGUCCUGGCCGGUGGAUCUGAAACAUAACCCAGCCUAUCUGAACUACGCCAGCGUGGGUGGCCGAGUGCUGUACGGCGAGGACAUAUAUGCAGGCUAUCGAUUUUAUGAGAAGACCGGACGAGAAGUCCUCUUUCCAUUCGGUCACGGCCUCUCAUACACGACCUUCAAGGUCUCACCGAGUGUGACUAUCGCCCCAGAUAUCUUCAAUAUGGACAGUCCUACGGUCGCCACCGUACAAAUCAAAAACACGGGGAAACUAGCGGGCGCCCAGAUUCUCCAGCUGUACAUCUCUGCCCCCGAAUCCCCAACGCCGCGCCCAAGCAAGGAACUACACGGUUUCGAAAAAGUAUUCCUACAACCUGGGGAAGAAAAGACGGUUGACAUCCAGCUGGACCGAUAUGCGACCAGCUUCUGGGACGAGAUCGAGGACAUGUGGAAGAGUGAGCAAGGAACGUACGAAGUGUUGAUUGGAACCUCCAGCCAGGAAGUGGUGGCCCGGGGUAAGUUCCAAGUGGAUCGCACCACCUAUUGGCGGGGACUCUAG